AUGUCUAGUUCUGUUCAUGGUAUGAACCCUAAUGGCCCUUGGAACCACCAUGGCCAUCAAUUCGCCGCGCAGCAGCACCUGCAGCUAGAGGAGGAGGACCCGUAUCUCCUCGUAUCCCAAGAUACCUCUCAAGGAUAUCUACAGCACAGGCAUUCUGGUGCCCAACACCUUUUGAAUGGUUCUUUAUCUCAAUACAACUCACAUGCAUCAAAUCAAUACGAUUCAACUUCUGCCUACCAACAACACUCUCCUUCCUUUGCAGCAUCAUCUAUGACCCCAAACCCAACUCAAUCGCCCAAUCCCAUUUCCACCACGCCGUUCACAUUCACUCAACCAGGUUACAAUGCUAAUUCUCCUCAUUCUGGCUAUCAGAGCGCCUUCCCAUCAGGCAUCAACGCGUCAAGCGCUCCAGGUACACACAAUCAACUCUCCGCGUCUUCUGCCACCCCUUCGGGUUCCGACUUUCCCAUGCAGUUCCCUUUCACUCAUCAGCUACCCAUUCGCCAAUCCGAGGUCGAGGCUCAGAUCCUAGAGAGUAUGCAUAUGGCUCAGCAAUCCAACCUCUCAAAGCGCCAUAGAGGGGAUGACGACGAUGGCCAACCUCGGACUAUGAUACCCGAACCACAGGAACUCCCAGAGCCCGCGAACAGACCGAAACCAUCAGGCGCUUGUGCUCGGUGCAAAAGCUUGAAGGUCCGGUGCGAAUUCAGGGGCGAUAACGAUACCUGCAAACGGUGCACGGGUGCCGCUCAAGAAUGUGUCAUUCCUGGGCGCAAACCACGUCGGACCCCACCGAAACGAGAACACCUUCUAAAUCAGAUUCGUGAACAAGCCGCACAAAUUCAGGAGCUUAUGGCUGAGCUCGAGGCUACCAACCGACGAGCGGCAUCAGUCUCACUUAGUAGUCCUUCUAUCACUGCAGCACCAUUGUCCCCAUCGUGCUCCGUCGAUCUUCACUCCCCUACCCUCGACCCCAACACCCCGGCAGAUUCCGCUCCACCCAAACCGGAAGUGCAGGAUUGGAUCGCGAAAGCACGUGCUUCCAUUGAGGCUUUUGGUGGCUUGAUUGCACUUGGCGGGACAACGACACAAUCCAUGCUUGUUGAUCAGGACCCCAACAAGUUUACUGAUAACGAUACGGUAUAUGGCUUUGAUUUCGAAGACGACACAGAUGACGAAGGAGAUGGAUAUGCCACUGCAGAAGACAGUGGACGUUCACAUUCAAGGGAAAGGCAAUCACCGAAUGCACUAGCCAAGAAGAAAGAGCUUGCUGAUCAGAAAUCGGGCAUGCUUCCACCCGCAGCUAGUCCAUUUGGUCUGAUGGCCCACCUCUCCAUUCGCAGUAAUGCUAGAGGCAAAAGCGCGGAACCAGAACCUCAAGACGCUGUUGGCGUAGCGAGCGCUGAUUUUUUCAAACCAUCUCCUGCUUCCGAUACCGUCCGCUCGAAUCCUUCAAUGGGUGGCCAACCUCUUCCUCACAUCCUCACUCGCGACGUUGUCACUGUAAAAGAUGUUGAGAAUCUGUUCAAAUUAUAUUUCGAUAAAAUGAAUUUUUCAACAUCGUUACUGGAUCCCAUUCUUCAUACACCACAGUAUGUAGUUAUGAGAAGCCCUUUCCUAUUCACAGUCGUUUGUGCCGUUGCUUCUCGGUUCUACACCGAACGCCCAGGCCUCUAUGCGGAAGUAAUGCGAUAUGCACAGCUGGCGGCAGGCACUGCGCUUAUCACCGGUCCCAAAAAUGAAGAGAUGUGUUUGGCUUACAUACUGCUACAGCUUUACCCAGUUCCUUCACGACGCUGGGAAGAGGACCGUAGCUGGAUGUACCUCGGUGUCGCAAUCCGAUUGGCUCAGGACCUUAAUUUGAACAGGCAUACGACUGCAACUCCCCUGAAUGAGCACCACGCUCGUGUCCUUCUCAAUCGCACGCGAGUCUGGAUCAACUGCUUUAACUUGGACCGUUCAACCGGCUCUCAGUACGGCAAAGCGCCCAUUAUUCCAAAUUCGGAUUAUAUUGCAAACCAUCUGCACGAGUGGUGGCGCUCCUCUGAGUAUAAUAUCGAGCACUUUGACAUUCACCUCUGCAUCUACUCCAUGGAGCUCAACAUCGGGGCAAAAUUCAGGGAAAAAAUUAACAGCGACCCAAACCACCCAACUGGACUCAACAAGCUGACGGAUCAUCUGGAGUCUACGAAUUUCACUCAGUUCGCUAGUGAGGCCGACGACGAACUGGCACGCGUCGGCACGUACUGGUUCAAGCAGCUGGAUGAAGUCGAGCCGAAGAGCCCCAUGCUUACUUUCCGCACUGGCCUUCUGAAAAUGGCGUUCAGCUACGGCCGCUUGGUCGCCCUGUCUUCUGGCCUGCAGUAUGCCAAAGAAAAUCACUUGGAUGAAAAUUCAUUUUUGAUGAGGUGUUUCACGAGGGCAUCCGAUGUUGUCAAUGCUUUCGUUCACCAACUGUACACCACCCCAGAAGAGAGAGUUUAUCUACGCCAUGCACCUGAGGCGCAAUACGUGUUUGUUAGUUUUGCUGGCGCCUUUCUUGUUAAACUCUUGCAACCAAAGUACGCUCAGUACUUCAAAUAUGAGCAACGGGUCGAAAUCCGGGACCUCGUGCAAAAAACGGUUGAUCUUCUCGGGGCUCCGGAUGUAGCUCUUGAUGAGAAGCAUGGUCCUUACCUAUACUCUCGCUUCCUGGCUGGCCUGCUGGCUAGUCCCGCAGUCAGGGUCACAGAUGCCUCCACGUCUGCUGACUAUCCAUCCCCAUCCUCCGCCUACUCCAAUUCUCCUUCUCCUUCAUACUUCCCAUGCGUCCAACAAUCCCUUGGAGCGCAGCCGCAAGACCCCACGGAAUCGCUUGCAGGGUCAUCUGAUAUGUUUAAUGGCUCGAUGCCGGUGACUUUGGACGCCGACCUUUUGGAGUCAGCAAGGAUCAUGACUGAUCCUUUGUGGCAGGAUACCUUUGUCCCUGGUUUCGAGUGGAUGGGUCAAAUGCAAUCAUACACUUCUGUAACCCAAGAUUACUCGAUGUAUGAACCACAGCAAUUUGGUUCGAUGGCAUGAGCCUAUAGGCGUUGUAUCGUUUCAGUGCUAUGUUGUUGUACUUGGUACUGUUGUUUUUUUGCGCUUUGCUCGUAUAUUAUGCACGAGAUGCGGUUUUGUAUUGACACUAAAAUAUACAUGUAUUCUUGGAAUCUUUCUCCAGUCUGAUUGGCGACUCUCCUCGGUAUGAAUAAACGAGUACGAGAUGGUUGUUCGCUUUCAAAUUCGGUGUGAGAGUGUGCAGCUGAAGUAAACAAUCUCGGACAAAUCUCGAGCUCGGAUGAUUUUGUUUACUACUUACGAGCAAUUUGCU